UGGGAAGUCGCCGAAAUAGUAAAUGUAGCGAGAGAAAGGGAGUGGGUGGUGCCGAGUAUAUAUCAGGCGAUGUAUAACUGCUUCACUCGAGGAAUCGAAAGCGAAUUGAUACCGUGUCUACAAAUAUAUGGUAUAGAGCUCGUAACCUACAAUCCGCUUUGCGACGGCCUGUUCUCGGGCAAGAUCAAAUCAAGUGAUCUCGAAACCCCGCCUACAGAAGGUCGCUUCUCCGACUCGUAUCAGUGGAGGCAGUUGUAUCGUGACAAGUACUUGAACAAUACAAAUAUGCAGGCGUUGAAGAUUAUAGAGGACGCGGCCAAGAAGCAUGAUCUGACGAUGCUGGAGACGGCGUUGAGAUGGACGAUACAUCAUUCAGCGCUGAAUACGAGGAUGAAGGGUGGAAAUGAUGGAGUCGUGGUGGGUGUGAGUAACUUUCAACAACUGCAAGGCAAUUUGUGGGACUUCGAGAAGGGGCCGUGGCCGGAAGAUGUUGUGGAGGCAUUGAACAAGGCGUGGUUGAUUAGGAAGGCUACGGUGCCUCCGUAUUGGCGGUAGGUCGUGCAAAGUCUACAACAGUCAUACUAGGCGUGUUCGGCCAAG